AUGAAGAAUUUUGCAGCACAAUGUAGUUUUGGAUCAAAUUUGAUACCAGUACUAAAAGAUAAAUUCACUACUGGGAUGAAGGAUGGUCCAAUCAAAGAUCGGUUGUAUGAAGAAGAAACGACCAAGGAUUUGAGUGAGCUGAUGGAAGUUGCAAUGAAGAAAGAAGCCGCAAUCAAAACAACUAACAUCGAGGUGCAUUCGAUUGGGAGAAGCAGGGAAGGAGCUAAGAAGAAAAAUGGUAAUGGUUCGCAGAAGAAACUAUCAACAACGAUGGGAGGCGAGAAGACUACGAAGAAAAACUAUGAUAAAGCUUGUUAUGUAUGUGGUCUGACAAAUCACAAAUUUUCAGAAUGUAAGUAUAAACAAUAUAAAUGUAAAAAUUGUAAUACGGUAGGGCAUUUGGCAAAAGUGUGUAAAACAGUUAAAAAUCAUUUUGUUGAAGUUGAGGAGAAUAAAGUUAUGGAUAUGUUUCAAGUUGAGGUUAAAAGUGAAAAUAACUGCGGAUUAAGUCCUGUAAUGAUAAGUGUAAAAAUUGAAAAUGUAUCAAUUGAAAUGGAAGUUGAUUCAGGUGCUGGUAUAUCAAUAUUACCUGAAGAAAUUGUGAAAGAGAAGUUACCUCAUAUACACAUUAAUUCUACGGUGUUAAAGCUAAGAACGUAUGAUGGUUCAAUUAUUAAACCAACAGGAGAAAUUGAAGUAAAAUUGAAGUAUGGUGAAAGAGAGUUAUAUGGUAAAUUAUUAGUAGUAAAAAAAGGACAUAGAGCUCUGGUAGGUAGAGAUUUAAUGAAAAAAUUAGGAAUAACGAUUAUGGGUAUUUCAAAGAUUGAAGUAGAAAGCACAAAUAAGAAUAAUAAAUUAGAGUUACUAAUGAAUGAAUUUGAGGAAUUAUUUGAGGAAAAAGUUGGUAAAUAUAAAUAUGAAAAAGUGACAUUGAAAGUUAAAGAAGGAUGUACACCUGUAUUUUGUAAACCAAGACCAAUACCUUUUGCUUUUAAAAAGAAAGUUGAGGAGGAGUUGGAUAGAUUAGAAAAGGAGGAUAUAAUACAGAAAGUUGAGACUAGUGAAUGGGGCACUCCACUUGUACCUGUGAUUAAACCAGAUGGAUCUAUUAGAUUAUGUGCAGAUUAUAAGACUACGGUCAAUAAAUAUUUAGUAGAUAUUAAUCAUCCAUUACCAAGAGUAGAAGAUGUUUUUGUGGCGUUACAAGGAGGUAAAACAUUUUCUAAAUUAGAUUUUUUGAAUGCUUAUAACCAGUUAGAGUUAUGUGAAAAUACACAAAAACUAUUAGCUUGGAGUACAAGUAAAGGUAUUUAUUUAGUAAAAAGAUUACCUUUCGGUACCAAACCAGCUUGUUCAAAGUUUCAGAGUGUUAUUGAAAAAGUGCUUUUAGGAACAAAGGGUGUUAAAAACUUUUUAGAUGACAUCAUUGUAACUGGUAGUAGUGAACAGGAACACUUAGAUAAUCUAAGGGAGGUGUUUAAAAGGUUACAAAAGGCUGGGUUUAGGUUAAAUAAAAAAAAAUGUAGUUUUUUUCAACCAAAAAUAAAUUACCUAGGACAUGUAAUUGGAUCAGAAGGUAUUGAAAGAGAUGAAAAUAAAGUUAAAGCUAUGCUUAAUGCAAUAGAGCCUAAGAGUGUCACAGAAGUAAAAGCCUUUACAGGGAUGGUGAACUACUAUGCUAAGUUUAUACCAAAUUUAUCAACCUUACUAGGUCCUAUUUACAAUUUGUUAAAAAAAGAGGUAAAAUUUGUUUGGACAAAGGAAUGUAGAGAGGCAUUUAAUAAGACAAAGCAAGCAAUGGCAUCAGAAUCAUUAUUGGUUCAUUACAAUCCUGAUUUGGAUGUUGUAUUGUCUUGCGAUGCGUCGGAGUAUGGUAUAGGAGCAGUGUUAAUGCAUAUUUUUGAAAAUGGAGAAAAGCGACCAGUGGGGUAUGCAUCAAGAAUCCUAACCGUGGCUGAAAGAAAAUACUCAGUAAUACAAAAAGAGGCUUUAGCGGUUUUCUGGGGGGUAAAGAAAUUUUCUCAGUAUCUUUUGGGUAGAAAAUUUUUUCUGGAGACUGACCAUAAACCUUUGUUAGCGUUGUAUGGGGAAAAGAAAGGUAUUCCUGUUAUGGCCUCUGGGAGAAUUCAAAGGUGGGCGUUAUAUUUAUCUGAGUUUGAUUAUCAAGUGGUACAUAUUAAAGGUAAUGAUAAUAAAGUGGCAGAUGGACUUUCUAGAUUACCUGAUAAAGAUGAUGUAUUAAUUCAAACAAAAGAAGUGGAUUAUGUUGAUUUUAUGGAAAAUACUAUGCCUAUUGAUUAUGGGAUACUUAGAGUAGAAACUAAGAAAGAUAAAGAGUUUAGUUUAGUUAUUAAGUUUUUGAAUGAAGGUUGGCCGAUAAAAGUAAGCGAGGAACUGAAACCUUAUGCAAUUAGAAAGGAAGAAAUUUGUGUAGAUAAAGAUAUAUUAAUGUGGGGGUAUAGAAUAUUAAUUCCUAAAGUUCUGAGGAAGGAUUUAUUGAAAGAAGUACAUUCAACGCAUAUGGGUAUGUCUAAAAUGAAAACAUUGUGUAGAUCAUACAUGUGGUGGCCUGGAUUAGAUAAAGAUAUAGAAAAGUGGGUACAAAGUUGUAGAACCAAUUUUAGCUGA